AUGAAGAAGCAGUGCCUGGAGGUUAUGGUUUCAGCUAUCAUCCUCGGCUCUGAUUUUUCAAAUGGAGGAUUGAACCUGCCAGCUCCACAGAACCUCUCUGUUCAUUCCACCAACAUGAAGCACAUCCUAAUCUGGAGCCCAGUCACCGUUCAUGGAAAAUCUGCAAAUUAUUCAGUUGAGUUCCAGGGGGAGUAUGAAAGAUACUACAGUGGGCAUACCUGGAUCCCAACCAGUUGGUGCAGCUCCAUCAGCUCUCCUCAGUGUAACGUUACAGACGACAUCACCGCCACGGUGGCCUAUAACCUGAGGGUCAGAGCUACUCUGGGCAAGAAGAUUUCCGCUUGGAGCACACUGGAAAGGUUUUUUAAUCGCAAUUCAACUGUCCUAACCCCUCCUAAAAUGAAAGUCUGUGUGGAUGGAUACCAUUUAAUAGUGGAAAUGGAAGACAUGGGGCCAUCUUUUGAAUACCAAUUAAUGUACUGGAAGAAAGGCCAUGAUUCUAAGGUUGUCAACAAGACCUUGAGGGAAGGUGGCACGCGUACGCACCUGGAAACCAUGGAGUCCGGAGCUGAGUACUGCGUGCGAGCCCAGACCGUGGUGGAAGUCAUCGAGAGGAGGAGUGACUUCAACCAGGUGGACUGUGUCAGAGUACCAGAUGAAUUCCUCCCCUUGACUCUGACGUUGGUGUCCUUCGCUGGAUUUCUGGUGACUCUAGUCACUCUGCCGCUCCUCGUUUGGAAAAUGAAUCAGAUCUUCCGCUAUUCGUGUUGCCCCGAGGUGGUCCUCCCCAACACCUUGAGAAUAAAGGAUUCACCGCAGAAGUUAAUCAACUGCAAGAUGGAGGAGAUCGAAUUCUGCGAUACAACCGUGCGGGUACUGUCUCCUGAGGAUCUCUUCCGGGCUUGGAUCCAGGAAGCUCUGUAGACGGGCCAGCCAGAUUUGGGCUCAGUCCCAUUGGCCAGGCCCGACCAGCUCCAGAAGGACUCUCCAAUGGACGACUUAGAUGGAGUUUCCCACAGCCACUUGUACUCCACCCUGAAACCUUUCCGGGCUUGGUGGGUAACUUUCGGAUGACUGACGGGCCUGGGAGUUGCUGGGCCUGCUCGUUUAGUUGGAAGAGACUGGUGAGCGGCGACGCUGAGGGUGUGUAAGGAUUUAGAGACGUACCUGACAUGAUAGCAGUGUGGCUCAGUGGACGGAGCACGGGCUUGGGAGUCAGA